CUGUCAUUUCUUAUUCGUGGUAGAUGUGGUGAGACGGUGGUAGCUUCAGCUGGUGGUAGCGCAGUUGUUCACGACAUAGCGGUCACGUUAAGAGAAUGGCUGCAACAUUGGAAGGUUUUAUAUACGACAAACGACGAACGUUUCAAGUUCAUGGAAGUUAGCAUGAGGGCUCUUUUGGAGUUAAGAGCUCAAGCUGCGUCCGGGGCUUUACCUGUAGACCAGCUCAGAAGAGUUGCUAGAACGGCUGUCUUCACUAUAGAUAAGGGGAACAGGACUUUAGGAAUGGAGUUAGCAGUGAGAACAAUCAGCGGUCAACUGGUGGACCCAUUAACGACGUCUACCUUCAAACUGAACGCCUUACACGAAGAAGCCAACUCCAGAAUAGAUAAAAACAUGGAGACGACCCCAACAAGUCGUCCAUCUAGUCAAAUAACCGCCGCCCGCACCUAUACUAUAGUGGCUCACGUGAAUAAUUUCGUGUGUCGUUUGAGAGACGCCGCCGAGCUGUCUCUAGCGCUUCAUGACGGCGCUGGGAACAAACUGACGGAGAACGUGCUCUUAAAAUGGCCGCCGGGACAUUUAGCAGCACAGGAACUAUUCACAGCGCCAUACGUUGUGUUCACGGAUUUGGGCAGCGACAUAAAGAAGGAGCGUCUGUUCCUUGUGUGUCACGUGGUGAGGAUCGGGUCUAUGGAGCCGCAGAACGUUGAUCACAGACGCAGUUCAAUAUCUCCGUCGGUGUGUGGCAACGGUAUGCGUCGUCCGUGCGGCGUGGCGUGCGCUGAUAUAACACAACACCUCGCCAACGAUCACUCCGACAAAGAAAUACAGUUGCCGUUUUACGCAUGUGAGAAAGAGAAUAUGGAUUCUUUGUUGAAGAAAGUCAUUGGGAACUUGAAGGAUCAGAAACACUCGCAAGGACUGUGGGUGUCCCUACAGAUGGUGGAAGGAGAUCUACAACAGGUCCGUCGUGAAAAACCCCACAUGGUGGUUGGCAACACGGUGUUCGCUCGUAAGAUGGGCUUCCCCGAGGUCAUCCUACCGGGAGACGCCCGCAACGACUUGUACGUGACGCUGAGUGGCGGGUCAUUCUCUAAGGGCGGCAAGUCCAGCGAGAGGAACAUAGAACUCGUGGCUAGAGUCGUGGAUAAGAAUGGAAGGACGCUACCUGGUGUGAUAUCAGUAGGCGCGGGGUCUCCACUAGUAGACGAGUAUACAUCUGUAGUCUACUACCACGAAGACCGACCUCGCUGGCAGGAAGUAUUCAAGGUGUGUCUGAACAUAGAGGAGUUCAAGGAGGCUCACAUGGUGUUUUUAUGUCGUCACCGAAGCUCCAACGAGGCCAAGGACCGCGCGGAGAGACACUUCGCACUCGCAUACCUGCGGCUCAUGCAGAAAGAAGGAACUACUAUACCUGAUACUACACACACACUCGCCGUGUAUAAGAUAGAACACAAGCGAGCCAGUUCAACCUCAGACCUCGACAUAGAAUCAUCAUCAGUAUGUCUUGGCCUGCCGUCCACUCGGGACGAACUACCCGCGGGCUGCGAGCGAGGACUGACCCGAGGACCGCUAUCACUAUUACACAGAGACACGCUCUCUGUAGCUACUAGAUUAUGCUCUACUAAACUCACACAGAGAGAGGAGAUUCUGGGCGUGUUGAAGUGGAGCAAUCAUCAAGCAGACGGUUCAUUAAAGAGUUCCCUCACAAGUCUACUGAGAGUACCUAACGACGAACUAGUGAAGUUCCUGCAAGAUAUACUAGACGCUCUAUUCAGUAUACUAACACAGGUGGAAGAAGACGAUGAUUACACAGAGGACAGUUACUCAGUGUUAGUCCUGGACUGUCUGCUGCAAGUGAUAUCUCUGGUAGCGGACCACAAGUACCAACACUUCCUGCCCGUACUACAGGUGUACAUAGACACCAGCUUCUGUGACACGCUGGCUUAUGAGCGUCUAAUAUCUAUAAUGGUGUGGUCGAUCCGUUCCGCGGAGCGCGGCGAGGGAGCGUCCAAGAGACUGCUGCAGUGUAUGAAGUGUCUGGAGAGUCUGACGCGCCUGUUGGUGCGAUCACGACAGCUGCGGGCCGCGCUCGACGCGGACACUGGACACUGCGCGCAACUUCAGACUCUGUUAGAGGCGCUAGUGGGUCUCAUGCGGUGUGGAGACUCCGCCCUCACGUGUCAGGGCUCCGCCCUCAAGUACCUGCCACACGCGGUCCCUCACAUGAUCAAGAUAUACGACGACACGCAGCUGUGCGAAUAUCUAGUAUGGGCGCUAGAAGCCCUCCCUCUCUCUCGUCUAUCCAACCAACGUCUCCACGCGCUGCUCGAGCUAGUGCGGGGCCCGCUGGGGGCCUCGGCGGGCCCUCGAGCCAAACUACUACCACACCUGGCCAGUACCUUGCGGGCCUUACUGAGGAAUCCCGCUGAUUUGGACACGCCGCACAAGUUACGGUCGGCUGACAAGGCUGCCAGGCUGCUAGGAGCAGACACCGCGAGUCUACUAGAUCACACGCAACAGAUGCAGAUCGUGGAGUUGUGUGUGGAAACUUUAGGAGAAGUAGUUUCUCUUCUCGCGAGAGAUGAUGUUGGUCCAGUGGCUGCGGAUAGAGGUGAGCUGGCGAGAUCUUUACUACCGACGGUCUUGAGGAUAGCUAACAACAUAAUGAAGGAUAGAAAUAAAGAAGAUGGGACGCCUCAUGAUGAUUUACUUCCGCGUAAGUUAAUAUGCGUGCUACUAGACAUGAUGCGUCAGAUGUCUCUAGAGCAGUACACGUUAGUGGUGCGCUCUUUGGGAGGGGGCAGAGCCCUAGCCGCGGAUAUUCUGUCCUUCACGGGAGCCCUACUCGCACGACCAGUGUUCAAACAGCACUGGGCUGAUAUGCUGCAUUUGCAGCACUACGUUAUGCUGCACGCUUUGAGAUUAUUAGCAACAUCACUACGAGAGGAUUUAAACGAGGAGAACACAGAACAAUCACACGUACAUUCAAUGUUACAAGAAUGGUUCGUUACACUAAGUGCGUUGGCGUGCUCUAAACCUUUACAACUAGAAACAUUACCAGCAGCGAGGAGACAGAGGGCUGUCAUACUGUAUGGAGAUAUUAGAAGAAGCGCUGCUACCUUGAUGGCUGAUAUAUGGUUUAGUCUUGAGGAACACAAGAGAUUCUUCAUCCCAUCACUAGUGAAGCCGUUCCUUGAAGUGAGCUUUCUUAGAGAUGAUGAAGUUAGAAACACUACGAUACCCUUGUUCUAUGAUAUGAUGAAGACCGAGUUCAAAUACACCGCUGACACUGAAGGUGAAGGAAAUCUACUUCGUCUAGAAAAUGAGUUGAUCGACAAGCUAGACGUACUAGCUGAGUCUGGCCUUGGAGAUGCGGCGUGGCGGGCGAAGUUCGUAUCCAUGUGUGGAGCGGCGUGCGUGGCGGGUGACGGCGAGCUGAGCGUGGCGGGUGGCGCUCUAGUCGCCGCGGCUGCACGACAACUGGACGCCUUGCUACAGUACAGAGCGGCGCCCACACAUCAUAGAAUGUACCUCGUGACCAGUGUACUGAGGUUCUACGAACAAAUCAAACGACCUCACAUGUAUAUACGCUAUGUUCAUCGUCUAGUAUCUAUGCAUCGUUCUUCUCAACACUGGGCAGAGGCCGGUCUUACAUUACAACUACACGCCAAGUUAUUAGAUUGGAGCGAAACGCCCUUGCCACCUCGACUAAGACAUCCCGCGUGUGAUGACUAUCAUACACAUCUGGAUUUAAAGAUAGCGUUAUACCAGGAGGUAGCCUCUCUAUUAGAGAAGGGUCACCAGUGGGAGUUAGCCGUAGAGGUUGUGAAGGAGCUGGUGUGUGUGUACGAGGAGCGAGGCCAGGGGUACGCAGCCCUCGGCGCGCUGCACGACCAGCUGGCGCGCCUGUAUCGAGCACCCCUGGAACAUACGAGGUUACAACCGGUGUACUUCAGAGUACGAUACCUGGGCAGGGGAUUCCCCGAACAUUUGAGACAUCCCAAGGGGUUCGUAUACCGCGGUAACUCGUGUGACAUGCUGCAUAACUUCAAGGAGCGUAUGUUGGACGAGUGGCCGGAAGCGGAUGUGCUGCUCAAGCUGGACGAGCCCGGAGCUGACGUCACGGACUCGGACGGACAGUUCUUACAAAUCAACGCCGUAACGCCGGUGAUGGCUGACAAGUGGAAGAAGUUCCUGAGCCGAGCGGUGGACCAUCAGGUCGUUAGUUACUACGAACACAACAACGUUAACACGUUCGUGUACUCACGACCCUUCCAUAGAAACGAUGACUGUAUCAUCGAUUCUCGCGACGACCGCACCGGCGCCGGAGAGUUCGCUACCAGGUGGCUGGAGAGGACCGAGCUCACUAUAGCACACGACCUGCCCGGUAUCCUUCGUUGGUUUCCAAUCGUAUCAACCCGGACCUACUGGGUGUGUCCUCUCGAAGUGGCUGUAGAGACGAUGACUCACACUAACAAGGAGCUCAAAGGUCUCAUCCACUCUACCUUGAGCCCUUCCGCCCCACUACAUCCCCUCACGAUGAGGCUUCAAGGUAUCCUGGACUCAGCGGUGCAAGGAGGGUUAGCGCAGUAUGAAAAGGCAUUCCUCGCGCCCGCCUACCUCGAGAGACGACCAGAACAUAGAGAACUACUCGGAAAACUGAAAGAUCUCAUCGCACAACAGAUACCGUUACUCAAAUAUGGUCUUGAAGUGCACGCGUCCCGGGAGCCCAUACGAGAUCUACACGCGAGACUUAUUAAUUUGUUUAGAGAAAAAUAUGGAAGACAGGUGUACGAGGGAGACUCCGACCCUCCAGAGGUCCAGCUGAGACCUUCAGCGAGGAGAGACAACGACAACAGGCUGUCGGACCUGUCCGCGGGGAACGAGACGACGCCAAAAUCUAAAUUCUCCUUCAACUCGGCGAUCAGUUGGACCAGAAACAGCAGCACCGCGACCCUCACUCCUCGUCACGGGAAACGAGUUAAAAACAGAAAGAGUGAAGUAAGUCUCCAGUCGAGCACUAGUCAAUGGUACGCGCCCACGAACGGUAACGUGAGCGCCAUCAACAACGCCAUCAACAGCGCGUUCAAUAGCGCGCUCAUCAACAGUAACAACAAUAUCAACGGGAACUCACACGGAGAGUCAUCGCCGCUUAGAGAAUUGAGGCAGGAGUUAGUGUCUGAGCGUCCCCCGCGGGCUGAGGAGCGUGAGCGGCGACUGUCACAACGGACAAGCUACAUUACUAUCAGUGAACCACACUCUAAUAGAGACUCAAUGGGAACAACGGAUUCCAACCAAGAAGAAGAAGAGCCGCCCCCUCUACCACAAAAACAGUCCCGCAGUAUGGAACACGACGAGGAAACGACAGUCAGGCACAACUAUGACUUGGUACUGGCACCGAGGACCUCAUACCUGUACUCCUCUAAAAGAGACAGGGCGCCCACACCGCCGCCCAAGAAGAGGAACCAACAGGUAAUGAGCGACAGAGAUAGUUAUAUAGCAAUACAUGCAAAAGUGAUAGAGAUGGAAUGA